AUGGCUAUCCCCGGCGAACGCUUCGUCCUCGACCUCUCAGACGAUGAACAAGAUAUCGCCGAACACCCCGUGGCUGCCGCCUCCGCCAGUCUCAUGAUCGGAGAAAUCAAAGAACGAACACCCAAAGCACCUACAGCGCCCACGCUCAAAUCAACUACGACGGGUUUUCCGACCUCGAAGAAUCGCUUUGGUGGCUCAGCAUUCAAACAACGAAGACAGAAUAUCCCCUCCGCCUCACGCUUUUCCUCCGCUCAACAUGCGACAGUAUCACAACCCCAACAAACACCUACGGCAGCAAAGUCAAACCCGCCACAAGCCGAGUCGAUGGAAGAUGAAGAAAAGAGGAUAAUAGAUGAAGAGAAUAAGCAGAGAAUAGCUGCAAUGUCAGAAGAAGAGAUUGAGCAGGAAAAGGCAGAGUUGAUGGCGAAUUUACCGCCUUCAUUGAUUGAAAGGUUGUUGCGAAGGGCGAAUAUCGAUGAGGAUGUCGAUGCACCAGUCGCUUCAAAUAAAGCAGAAACUACCAGAGAAGAACAACCAGGGAAAAAGAAGAAGACGGAGAAAUCGGUGUCUUUUGAUAUCCCAGACAUUCAAGAAACAGACACUUCAAAGACAGUGGAUUCGACUACAUAUUUUGAAGAUCGGCCACCCCCCGUCCAUCCUUCUGAUCUACGGCCAGCCUCCGAGUUCCCCUCCGGACCGAUCCAUUUCCCUACACCACCACCCCGACAAACCCCCAUGCCAAACCUCGACCCAAACUCUCCUUCAUUCUACGACGAUCUACAAGCCCACUACUUCCCAGACACCCCGCACGACUCUUCAACACUCUCAUGGCUCAAACCGCUCGACAAAAGCGCCGACGCAUCAGUCGCCGAUAGCCUAUCUGCAUACCACCCUUCAAGUUCAACGACCCAAAUCGUCCCCUCGGCUAUCCGCUUCUCAUUCCGAGGCGAAAUGCUUCCACCGUCAACAUCCUUGGAGUUGCCCACAUCACUCGGUCUGCACCAUCAUGCCGACGACCCCGAAGCAGCGGGGUACACAAUCUCUGAGCUUUCGAUAUUGAGUCGUUCCACCGUUCCGGCGCAGAGAUGCGUUGCUUGGCAAGGCCUGGGGCGGAUAUUGUUUAGAUUGGGUAGCGGGGAGUUUGGGGCCGACGGGGCGGAUUUGGUGGACGGGUUGUGGAAGGUAAUUGAGCGUGAAGGUGUUGUGACACGGAUGUUGGAAGAGGCGGAGGGUGGACCUCAGCAUACUGAACAAGCGGGUGACAGUGAAGGGACGGAGAAUGCUGCGGUAAGAUCGAAUAUUGGGCGACAUGCUAGUGCAAAAGCAUGGGCUGUGGAAGGGAUAUGGUUAUGGCAAAAGGGGGGAGGGAAGCGAGGUAUUGCUAUGACUGAUAGUACAUAG